CGUCUGAAGGUGUAAAGGGCUCAAUGAUGGUUGUCGGCUAAUUUUUUCCGGAGAUCCUAUUCAAUCCAUUAAACAAUAUUUUAUAAAAUUUGAGAUGAAUUUAAAAUUUAUUCUGAUUUGGCUUUGCGCUGCACAUUUGAGCCCUAAAUCUUUGUUAUUCGGCCGCUCCAAGUCUCCCACCCACAGCGGAAAAAGAAAAGAAAGUACCAACGCAAAACCCCGGCCAUCGUCUAGACUUCUUUAUUCGGCCGCUCCAAGUCUCCCACCGAUUGGGACUCUUGAGGACGGGAAAACAGAGGAAACACGGCGAAACAUAGGAACAGAGGAAAUGAAAACGAAGGAACGAAGGAAAAAUAAUUAAGAACGCAGGGUUGUCUCCUUGGAUUUGGGCUUUGGAUUAGAGGAAUCAGGAGCUUUUGCAUUAGUUGCUGUUAUUCGCAGUGGUUACAGUGUUUUUAGUUGAGGCGAGCGGGCAUAACACGACACUAUUCAGCAGUUACAAGGAUUUUAUGCACACCUAGGUUUUCUUAAGAACGAUGAGUGGGCUUAGGGUCUUUCAAGGAUUCUUCAGAUCAGUAACUAGGGGAAGCUAUCCUCAGUUUAUCCAUUUGCCAAGUGCAAGGGAAACUUCAGCUUUUUCUUAUCGCCAUCUAGCUAGUGCUGCUACAUCUUCAGAUAAUGCCAGCGGGGAGAUAUCAUCAACAGCUGCCUCUCAUGAAGGGAAAGGGCCGGGGGAAUCAGAUCAGACUGGUCCUACUAAGAAGCCUAUUCGAGGAGGGCCUGUCUCAUGGUUGAGCCUUCUUUUGCUUAUUAUGACUGGUGGAGGACUAAUAGUUUACUAUGACAAGGAGAAGAAACGACACAUUGAAGAACUGAAGACUGGAUCAAGUGCGGUGAAACAAGGACCAUCCAUAGGAACUGCUGCUAUUGGUGGUGCAUUCAAGCUUGUGAACCAUGAUGGAAAAUCAGUUACUGAAAAGGAUUUUCUGGGGAAGUGGACGCUGAUAUAUUUUGGAUUCACACACUGCCCUGAUAUAUGUCCUGAUGAACUCCAAAAAUUGGCUGCUGCAAUCGAUAAAAUAAAAGGGAAGGCGGGGAUACAUAUUGUUCCUGUUUUUAUUUCAGUGGAUCCUGAGAGAGAUACUGUUGAGCAAGUUCAUGAUUAUGUCAAAGAAUUUCACCCAGAUUUAGUUGGCUUAACUGGUACGCCAGAUGAGAUAAGGCAAGUUGCGCGUGCUUAUCGAGUUUAUUAUAUGAAGACCGAGGAGGAGGGCUCUGAUUACCUUGUUGACCACUCAAUUGUUAUGUACUUGAUGAACCCAAACAUGGAGUUUGUCAAAUUCUUUGGUAAGAACUAUGAUGCUGAUGCACUUGCUGAAGGCGUAAUCAAAGAGAUAAAGGAAAACAAGGGGGUGUAACGUCAUAUUUUCCGGAUGCCAAAGAUGGUCGUGCCGACCGAAAGUAAACUUUUUCCCCAUUUAUCAUUGGAAUGUAACUUUCGUAAUAAGCUUAUGGUCAAAAAAAUUGGACUAUGAACAAUUUUGGUAUCCUUGGCCC